AGAUAAUUUGAUGGGAUGCACAAAGAUAAAUAUUACAUGAGAUGAACUUACGCCAUGUUUACCAAUCUGCAAUUUAAAAUUGGUGCAAUCCUAAUCGGAUUAUAUUGAUGAAUCAAUUGGGCCUCAAUUAUAAACGUAAUUAAAUUGCUUUUGAUGACAUUUACAUAGACAUUUUACAAGCAUAAUCUGAUUAUGAUUGAGGUUGUUUACUUUGCAAUGUAUUUGAAUGAAUAACGUAAUCUAAUAGACCUCCGGUCAUUAGACAAUAUAUAAGGAAGAGAAAGAGAGAUGGUGAAUUAAAUGUAAAGAAUGAAUUGAGUUUGUUACUGAGGAUGGGGUGUGUAAGUGUGGGCCCAAGAGGAAAGAUUCGGUUAGUUAGACAAAUUGGUUAUUUAAGAUAGUGAGGAAGAGAGGUUGAGCAUCUUUUUGCAUUGUAUUGAGUAGAGCUCAUAGAGCUUGUAAGGGAAGAGGGUCUCGGCUCCCUUAGCAAUUUUGCCUAAAUAGUAAAUAUAUAAAUCAGAGUUCUAUCAUAAUCUUACAAUUGUAGUUACUAUAUUUAGGGUCAAUCAAUACAUCUACCUAAUCUCAUAGGUCCUAUGUAAUCAAUACAUCUACCUAAUUUUAUAGGUCUUACAUCUACCUAAUUUUAUAGGUCCUAUAUAAUUUUCAAACGUAAUCUAAUUCUGCAAUCGGAUUAUAUUUAUCAAUUACAGAUUUAAUAGUAGACCUUAAAACGAGAGUUAAACAACACCUUAUAAACAUGCCUUCCAGAAUUUAUAAACGAGAGUUAAAUAUUUCAUCUCGUUUGAGAUUCCAGAAUUUUCCCCACCACUAACCUUUGUUUAUACGUCUUUCUAAUACAACAGUUUCAUUUUUGUAUCAAUUAAUUGAACCAGCCAAUGGGAUUAGCUUGGCAAAAGUGAUUUCGGAUUGCCUUUUUCAAAUUUUAAUUUCAGUGGUUUCUUUCAAAUUCAAGACUUUUCUUCCCCAAAACCCUUUAUGCUUUUCUAUAUAUCCCAGUCCAACAAUGAAGAAAAAGAAGGGGAAAAAAAAAAAAAAAAAAGAAAGAAACCCCAUUUUCCAUUUCCAUCAUUAUUCCUUCUCUUCCUCUUUUCAUGAUGAUGCAUAGCCACGGCGGUGAUGGCGAAGUAGUAAUCAACAAACAGGUGAUUUUAAAAGACUAUGUCACCGGCCGUGCCACUGCAAAAGAGUCGGAUCUCGAAGUGAUCUCCAAUAGAACCAUUAAAUUGAAGGUUCCCCAUGGCUUCAAUGGAGUUCUUCUAAAGAAUCUCUACCUUUCCUGUGAUCCUUAUAUGCAUGCUUGUAUGAACAAAUUCGAAAAUCCCUCCAUUGAUAUUGUUUCCUUCACUCCUGGUUUGCCUAUUAGGGGAUAUGGAGUUGGGAAAGUUGUGGAUUCUGAUCAUUCCAAGUUUAAGAAAGGAGAUUUUGUGUGGGGGCAGACAGGUUGGGAAGAAUAUUCUCUACUUUCAUCCUCAGAAGUAGAAGCUCUCUUUAAAAUUGAUCACACUGAUGUUCCCCUCUCUUAUUACACAGGAAUUCUUGGUGUAAGCGGGAUGACUGCUUAUGCUGGUUUCUUCGAGAUUUGUUGUCCUAAAAAAGGAGAAUAUGUGUUCGUCUCAGCUGCAUCUGGUGCAGUUGGUCAACUUGUUGGCCAAUUCGCCAAGUUAAUGGGAUGUUAUGUUGUUGGCUGUGCUGGUAGCAAACAAAAGGUUGAUUUACUGAAGAACAAACUCGGGUUCGAUGACGUUUUUAACUACAAAGAAGAGCCAAACUUGGAAGCUACUCUAACAAGAUGCUUUCCUGAAGGAAUAGACAUUUACUUUGACAAUGUUGGAGGGAAGAUGUUGGAUGCUGUUCUUGUUAAUAUGAGGAGGAAUGGCCGUAUUGCUUUGUGUGGGAUGGUAUCUGAGUUCCAAAAAGACAAUCCUGAAGGUGUUUAUAAUUUGAUUUGCGCUAUAGGACAACGUGUUCGUUUGGAAGGGUUUAUUAUGAACGAUUACUUGCAUCUCUAUCCUAAGUAUAUGGAUUUUGUUUUGCCUCCCAUAAGGGAAGGAAAGAUUGUAUAUUUGGAAGAUUUAGCUUUUGGCCUUGAGAAUGGUCCAUCCACUCUCAUUGGCAUCUUGUCAGGUCGCAAUGUAGGUAAACAAGUUGUUGUUGUUGCAAAGGAUGACUAAGCCUGUUUAGAAUGACUCGGCUUAAAUGCUUUUAAGCAUUUGGAAAGACAGUCUAAACAAGCUCUACACAUCCGUUUAUGUCAUUUAGAAGACAAAAGAGUGUAAAAACAAAUAUAAUUAUAAUGUUA